GUUGCGGCAUCGAACGGGGAGCACUGCCGUGCAUGCUUCCGCGACACUCGCUCCUCAGGGACAGCCACGGGAAACCAGCAAGGAGAUAACGCACCACGGCGGAUCACUGCUGGCGCGGUGGGCAGUGCCGCGUGCAAGUUGGCCCAGGGGCGGCGGGCGAUGGUGACACUGCAGCCCGCGGGGGCAGCCUCCACCGCCUCCGACCAGGACCCCCUGCUGGUGACGACGCCGCCGAGCGGAUCGGCGCCUGACCCCGGCGGUGGCAGCAGUAGCGUCGAGGAAGGCCCCAUUGGGGUCCUUAGGGGCGUCGAUGCCGUGGUGUUGGUGGAUUCAAGCGCGAUCGGCGCCAACGGAGGCAGCAUCUCGGCCAAGUGCAGACGCGGGCGGCUCAGUCUGCGGUGCCGCAGCCCCCGGGCGCCACCCCCGAAAACACCUCCGCGCCGGCCGUCGCCGCCGACGCUGCUCAUCCGCAGCGCCACGGCCGACUGCAUGGGCUCGCCGCCGGGCGUUGACACCGUGGUCACUAUCACCGACACCGAACAGGUGCAGGUCGCCCUGGCCAGCCCUCAGCUGGUCGGACAGUUGAGGACCGCGCCCGACCUUCGCGUUGACUUCUUUGCCGAAGCAAAAAAUCAGGGCGAGCAGAAGAGCACGAAGCAGAAGCUGAACCAGGAAAAGUCGUCCAAUACGUCGGACACUGCGGCCGAAGGGGAAGUUUUCAGCGAAAUCGCGUCCGGCGGCGCGAGUGGGGGUCCCGCGGCUUUAUAUAUACCGGCGGGCUCACCAUGCCGCUCACCAAGCAGCGUGGUAGUCACACCGGCCAGUGGGUCGUCUCUUGAACUUCCAAGCAACUCACCAACAGCAAUCAUGAAGCAGCCUCUGCAACAACUACCCGAUGUCGCCAACCAACUCACCCUUCAGGAACUGCACGACUUUGACAUGCGUUACGGCAGUCCGCACCACAGCCGCUCACAAUCGGUGAAAACAAUGAAGCGGCCCAACUUCCUCAGCCUGCCCCAGCAAAGGUCGCGGGUGGCCUCUAUGCCCAACACCGGCAACGAGGAAGAGUACUACAGGCUUAGGCAGUUCAGCAUCACAGGAAAGGGUGUCGUCAACCGCGGCGACUCGCUCAAAAGCAGACGCUCCAAGAGCAACACCAGUGUCGCCUCCAGCAACUCCAGCCACACGCACAGCACGGAGCACAUUGGCGCCGGUGUGCAGAACAUGGUUUGCCUGGGCACAGGUAGUUAUCCUGGCUCAGCACGCACCAGCGCCGAGGCGUCGCUCGCCAGCUCCAGGGAGUCGAGCACCAGUGGGGUAGGCAACCUGCCCUACAGAGUCAUCAUGCUUGGUGCGGCGGGCGUGGGAAAGUCUUCGCUCAUCUCGCAGUUUAUGACGUCGGAAUACCUGCACGCCUACGAUACAUCACUUGAUGAUGAGUUUGGCGAGAAGGCUGUGUCCGUGCUGCUUGACGGCGAGGAGUCGGAGCUCAGUUUCAUCGAUCAUCCUACAUCAGAAAUGUCGCCCGAAAACUGCAUCACAACUUACGAGCCACACGCCUACGUCGUCGUUUAUUCAGUAGCCGAACGAGAGUCCAAGCUAGCCGCUGAGGAGACACUCCAAUUUCUGUGGAAGACUGCGUCCGUCGGCACCAAAGCCGUCAUCCUGGUUGGAAACAAAACUGACCUCGUCCGAAGCAGAGUCGUGACAACAGAAGAGGGCAAAACCCUGGCGACCUCGUACGACUGCAAGUUCAUCGAGACGUCAGUAGCGAUCAACCACAACGUCGACGAAUUGCUGGUGGGCACCCUGACGCAGAUCCGGCUGAAAUUGCAGGACCCUGAGCGCUCGCAAAACCUGAUGCGGAAGCGAUCGUCGCGGCGAAAGUACCGCGGCGCGCGCACCACCGCCAGCCUCAAGGUCAAAGGUCUUCUGGGCAAGGUGUGGUGCAGGGACAGCAAGUCUAAGAGCUGCGAGAACUUGCACGUGCUGUAACCAACCCGAUUUGCUCCUCAAUUCGGGCCGAUGAUCUCGCACUUUCCAAGAGAAAAAAAGCUUUAAUCGAAUACUGUAUAUUCAUCACGGAACCUGAUUGUUCCCUCGCCGCAACCAUUAUCCAAAACCUUGUUACUGUGUUGAUUGACACGAAAUAUUUUGUAUCUUUUGGACAGAUUCGGCCACAAAUUUUGUGUAUAUCGAUUAGCAAUUGGGAAAAACAAACAAACGCAACAUCAUUUAGCGAUGAGGAAAAAAGACUGUUCAUUAGCAAAAUUGAGAGUAACUUUUGAUUAGCUUUUGUAUCCGCUGUAUAGGCCAUGGAUUAACAUGUAUUUGUAGUCGUAUAUAUUUACCGAUUAAGGAUCAAGUUUUCAGAAAGCUCCCCAGCAAAUAGUUUUAAGUUAUUUGUAUGUACACACCACAACUAAUGUGAUAAGGAAUGACGAAAUGAAUUUAAUUUGUGCUACUAUGUCUUUUGUAAGAAAUGCGCACUAACACACAAGAUCAGUUUGCCAUCGCUAACCACGCGCGAUUUUAUAUUUUAUUAUUUCUAUUUUGAGUCAAAUAAAAACAGUUGAAUCUUGAUUAUUUCGUUGAAACUGUAAGUGAUUCCCCACAUAGAAGGACUUAAUCUAGAAACAUGAGCUUGUAUAGAGUCGCGAGUGAAGCAGCGUGUUGAAUAUCAUAAGCCAUAUUAAAGCCAAUUUUGGAAUUAUCACAAGGAUACAAUUUUACAAGCACAAGAGCGACUGCCAAAGAAAAAGCUUCGCGCGCAAUACAUACAUAAUCCGACACUUUCAACCUCUGUUUCCAAAAGGUCCCGCCUCGAAAUUAAUAUUAAAUAAAAUUUCAGCGCAGGGGGAACCCAUUGAGAACUUUGGGAAGUGUCAAUUUUGCAUUUAAUACAGAUAUACAAAGUCAAGGAAGGUCCAAAUACUGUAGAGGAAAUAGCGAAAUUUGCCGUUGUGUUGCCUUGCACAACACCAUACACACAACAGAUUGAAAUUGACGCGUUUUGAGACGCGCAAACACCAUCAUUUUUGGGUGAUUUUUGACUGAUGUUAUAAUCACUGAUCAAUCGGUAAAAUAUAAAGAGAAGAGAACCAUAUAAGUAGACAAGAUAUCGAAAAUUUAGGGUGAACCCAAUUUCAAAGCAAGGAAAUGCUUAUACUGUUAGAAAAGGUCUGGCUUCCCAAUUAAAAUCUGCUUUUUACUUGUAAAAAUAUCACAUUUUGGUGCCAACUCUUAAUGAAUUCUUCCGGCAGGAAAAUCAUCUAAAUUUGUUAAAUCUGCCACAAAACUUCAUUUUUUUGCAUUUUUGUACCCUAGCUCGAGCUUUUAUCUGUAAGGUAUUAUCCAAGGUCCAAAACGAUUCGCAGUUAACGAUGAGGAAGAAACACCUAAACUCUAUUUAUCUGAUAAAAUUUUCCAUUGCUUAUCUCGUCUGUAUUUAAAGCAUCGCCGCCACGAAAUUUUCACAUGCAUUCCUAAAAAUAAAUAAUAUUUCAGUGUUCUCUCGUCCCAAACUCUAAAUUAACCACUAACCUGAGUGUGUAUCAAAGUUGAUUUUAAAUUCAAUCGGAAAAAUUUCUCACUUUUCAAACUCGAAAUUUAUGUACAUAUAGUUAUAAAUAGACUCAUUCAAAAUAUCUGGCUGCCCUGACCACAUCAGCGGAAUUGUUUUCAAGACCCACACGGCGUCAAAUAGCCACAAUUUAGGCAGCACGCAGAAUUUCAUGCGUUUCAAAGCAAUGUUACCACUCGCAAAAAGUCGAGUGGUUGGUCAAAAUACGAUGUAAAAACUGCUGUUGAAUUUACACUGUUGAAUGUUUUUCGAAUUUUGAAUGUCACAUCAUAGCGCCCAUGAUUGUCGUUUCAACACGAUUAAUAUCAAAGCAGUUUCGUUGUAAAGAACACACGCGCGCAUCUCUAUUUGAUGUUGGAUGUUGCAGAUCGUUUGUUAAAUAUAUGACAAAGUAAUGUUUUAUGGUUGAGUUUAUCAUUCGCAAACCGAGCAUCACGAAUCAAAAUACGAGAUAAAAAAGUGGUUAUGCAAUACUAACGAUGUACAUACAUGAUUUGUGUUGAGUGUAACAACCACCUCCUAAACUCAGUCGGUGUGUAUAUAACCUGGAAUAAAAGCAGGACUUUCCCCGGCAAUGUUUAUCAUUUGUACAUACGCAGAAUUCAUCAUAGGAUUGUGGAAACUUUUGACGUCGGGACCCAUUUUCCAGAUAAAUUAAGAAUUUUACGUGUAGUUUUUUCCGAUUGGCAAUAUUUUAAGGCUUUGUAACAUACACUUUACGCGGUGCUCACCUUUGGUGCGAACCCCCAACAAAAGCACCGGAAACUAUCUGUGGACAUAAAUAAUUCCGGUUCCGUAACCAGCAAGACAGUUUCAUUUUUGAUGUUUAACACAACCUUUGAAGCGUUCGGGCAUUUCGGGUAAAUUGUUUUCGAAAAAGCCGCGUGCAAUGACAACGGUUUUAGUGUAUGUAUCAGUAGGAUUCUGUAUCAGUAAGAGUAAACUUUUAGUGCGCGAUCAACUCUCCUACGCACGUGCCCAUCAUAAGGUGAAAAAUAUUUGCGCCCAUUUGGAUAAAAUUUCAGACUUUUUUACAGUAUGCCCCGGCAGGAGAAAAAUAAUAUAUCAAAUUAUAAUUGGGAAGGAGAGUGCUAGAAGGAAACAAAUUAGAUAUAUAAUGACAUGCUGUGUAAAAAUAUACUAUAUUAUAAGCAAGCUGUAUGUUCGCGUUUAUAAAUAAUUGAUCACUAAACCAUAAUCGACGUAUUGCUCACUGCAAUGAAUUCUAUACCAAAACUAUGGUAAACACACACAAACAAACACAGAAACCACACCACCAGCAACACGCAAACAAAACUCAUCCCCUAUGUAUGUGAAUGUGUAUCACCUAAUAAUGAGAUGUAUCAUGAUGGCAAUGUGAUUAAAACAUUAUUUUACUAACGA